GGAAAGAGGUUUGCAGGGCAGGAGCUGCUAUUUCCAGAUCAGGGCCUGUUCCUUAUGCUGAGCCAGACGGCCUUCAACAAACGGGGCUAGUUUUGAGCCCUCAGCAUCUCUCGGCACCAACCUGGGAGGCCGCCACAAAGCCUCUGAGGAUGCUCGGCCUCUGUCCACACAUAUCAGGGCGCGGAUGUGGCUCGAGCCUGGACCGCUGGCAUCUCUUCAUUUAGAAAGGGGGCACUGAAGGAAUGGCACAAGGGGACAUGCCGGUCGGGCAAAGCAAUGAAGAGACUGUGAAUUUCCCCCUGUCUCUUUUAGCCAUCAUGGGCUCUAGAAUAGCUGGGACAAGAGUUGCUGUUUUCCCCCUAAAGUCUUUCUGUUUGAUUCCUGGCUGAAGACAGACUUCCUGGGGCUUGGCAUGGAGACAACUGGGCGCCUCUUUUUCUUGAAGCCACACAUGGAAAACCGGAUUACAGAGCUCUGCAGAUUUUUUGUCAGUUUCACCUGCCAGCAACUGAGACAUUUCACAACCAGCGCCUGACGGACUCGGCCUCUGCUUCCUUUCUCCCGGGCUUCUUUCUACCCCAUCAGAUGAGUCUAAAAGGUAUGAAAUGCCUCUGUCUGGCACACGGGAUAGAGACGGGCGUUUCAUCCGGGGAGGCGACAACGUCUGCCUGAGAGGCACUGGGCAUGUCACUCUUGUGUUCAACAGGGUGAGAGUCCAGGGGCCCCUUUGAGGCGAACAAGAAGUUCAGGGUGUCACCUUUCAAGAGUCUGAACUCCCUCCGGUCUGGGGUCUGAAGAAGGGCGCUCUGACUCUCGAAAGCUGACACUCUGGACCUCUUGUUGGUCUCAAAGGGGCCCCUGGACUCAAAUCCUGCUCUUCUGCUGCAGACCAACCUGACGACCUACCUGAAACCACUCUUCUGUUGUGAGCUGUUGUGAAGAGUUUCUACUCUUCAGAUCUGUGGGACGGGAAGGAAAAAGUGAGAGCUCUGUGGACUAGGACGAGCAUUCAUUGGGAAAUAGGUCCUUCUUCGCUUGUGGCAUUGCUGGUUGGCGUCACUUCAGCAGGCUUUAAAAGGGGGCCGGACGCGCUCAGUGAGGAGGCAGCUAUCGGUGGCUGUUAGCCCAAAUGACGAGACGCAACCCCCCGAUUCAGAGGCAGUAAAGCCACCGUCUGCAUUCCAGUGCUGGGGGCAGCAACAGGCUUUGCUUGGGGGCCUUUGAGGGCCUCUGGUUGGCCACGGGAACAGGGUGCUGGACUAGAUUGGCUGUUGGCCUAAUCCAGCUUGGCUUCCUGCAUUGUGCAGGGGGUUGGACUAGAUGGCCCUGGAGGUGCCUUCCAACCCCAUGAUUCUAUGAUCUCUGCCUAAGAGGGAGGGCGUUUAUACACAGAGGACAGACACUCUCUACCUUGAAGGAAAUCCCACCAGGACUAUACCUACUCUGCUCUCCGUCCCACUUCACGGUAAAUAUGAAUCCAGCAAUGUCCAGAAGAACCUCUGCACUUUGGGCUCAGCUUGAAAGACAACCAAUGAGGCAAACACAAAGAAGUUGCGUAAGAGCUGCUUUGCGUAUUAGGUUUCCUGACAGAGUUUAUAUAAGACGCUCUCCGGCUGUGCAGGCAGAGUGACUUCCCAGUAGAGUUCCUUCAGCCACCAUGGAUCUCCUCGGAGCAGGGGCCAUUUUCCUCAUCAUCUGCCUUUCUUGCCUGAUGGCCCUCUCAACCUGGCGACAGAUGCACGGGAAGAGCAAGAUGCCACCUGGACCGAUUCCGCUACCCUUUAUUGGGAACUUGCUCCAGGUCAACUUAAAAGAUAUGUACCGUUCACUUCUGAAGAUCAGUGACAAAUACGGUCCCGUCUACACCAUCCACUUGGGGCCCCGACGGAUUGUGGUGCUGCGUGGAUAUGAUGCGGUAAAGGAGGCCUUGGUGGACCAGGCAGAAGAAUUCAGUGGCCGUGGGGAGCAGGCCACGUUUGACUGGCUUUUCCGUGGCUAUGGAGUUGCCUUCAGUCAAGGGGAGCGGGCCAAGCAGCUGCGCCGAUUUUCCAUCACAACCCUGAGAAAUUUCGGUAUGGGGAAGCGAUCCAUUGAAGAACGGAUCCUGGAGGAGGCCCACUUCCUACUGGAGGCACUUAGGAACACCGAAGGAGCACCCUUUGACCCUACCUAUGUCCUGAGUCGUACUGUGUCCAAUGUGAUCAGCUCUAUCACCUUUGGCAACCGCUUUGACUAUGAAGAUAAAGAGUUCCUCUCUUUGCUCAGCAUGAUGUUGGGAAGUUUCCGUUUCACUGCCACGGCGUGGGGGCAGCUCUACGACAUGUUCUCUGGACCCAUGCAGUACAUGCCUGGGCCGCAGCAGAAAGCCUUCAAGGAGCUUUCAGGGCUGGAGGAAUUCAUCACAAGGAAGGUGAAAGAGAACCAGGAGACCCUCGACCUCAACUCCCCUCGGGAUUUCAUAGACAGCUUCCUGAUAAAAAUGCAUCAGGAAAAGGAAAACCCAAAUACAGAGUUCUUCCUGAAGAAUCUAGUGCGGACAACGCUCAACAUAUUUUUUGCUGGCACCGAAACGGUCAGCACCACCUUGCGUUACACCCUCCAGAUUCUGCUCAAAUACCCAGAGAUCGAAGAUAAGGUACACGAGGAGAUUGACCGGGUCAUCGGCAGGAAUCGCACUCCCAACAUGGACGACCGCCUACAAAUGCCCUACACUGAGGCUGUGAUCCAUGAGAUCCAGAGAUACGCUGACAUGCUCCCCAUGGGUUUAGCACGACGAACAACCUGUGAUACCCAUUUCCGAGGAUACACCAUUCCCAGGGGCACUGAGGUUUUCCCUUUGCUGGGCUCUGUGCUGAGAGACCCCAAACAUUUUGCAAGGCCUGAAGCGUUCGACCCCCAGCACUUCCUGGACGAGAAUGGGAAGUUCAAGAGGAAUGAGGCUUUCAUGCCGUUCUCCAUCGGCAAACGAUAUUGCUUUGGGGAGCGGCUGGCCCGUAUGGAGCUUUUCCUUUUCUUCACCAGUAUCCUUCAGAACUUCCGCUUCAAAUCUCUGAUCCCGCCAGAAGAAAUUGACCUCUCUCCUAUGCUGGUUGGCUUUGCCACCAUCCCACGGUUUUAUGACAUCUGUGUCAUCCCUCGCUGAAGAACAGACAACAUGGAUAAAAACUGCCUCACCACAACCGAAUUUGUCCACGUAAAAAGGGGGGGAGGAAGGAAUAUCUUGUCGACAAUAUGUAACACUCGAAUGUAAAGUUUUAAUGCUAGUUUUUUACGUACCAAAUAUUCCCUUUGCAUUCUUUUAUGCCCUGUGAUCUGUGUGUCCUCCUUUGCUAUGCAAUACUACUCAGAGUAAUAAUCACGGAAAAAUGUUACACCACAUUCUUGCUCCUUGGCCAUCUACUCUGUCCCCCUUCAGCCCCUGCGACGGUCUUCCCAUUCACCUUCCCAGCCGUCAGACUCUUUCCCUGCCUUUUCUUUCUCUUGGCUGCCUAGGAAUUUGCUCUCCAGUCCAAUGGCCCUUUGCUUUGCUUGUGUAAGCUAUACUGUUUCUCCCUUCCUGACACUUUCCCUUUGAGCAACUAGGACCAAACUACGGGUUUCCUAGGGGAUUCUAGGAUUUUCAUUCACUUUCAUUUUUUUCUUUAAAGCAACUGUGGUUUGCUCCAAAUCAGACCGGUGGUGGUGGGGUAGGCAUUCUUACCUGAUUUAAAUUGCCUCAUCUCCUUAAUUAGAGUUACCAACAGACCUGAAGAAAAAAUAUCCCAGUCAUUUAAUAGAGGUUUAAUGUGUAGAAAAGGGCAAGUGAAGCUCUUUAUGGAAGGCAUGGUGGUAAGUAAACUUCUCUCUGCAACCAACACCCCUGCUUUAAAGAGCGAGGGAUUCUUUUUUCUCCAGGUUGUUGGCAACUCUGUUCCCAACUGCUGUUAGGCCCACAAGAGAAGAAUAUAGAUACUCAGAUAAUACCAGUGACAUUACAGAGGAGUGAUACAAAUGCACUGGAUGGAGAGCUUCUCCCGUGCAGGAAGAGAACCACUCAUUCAGAAUCUGGGGCCUUCAGACAUUUUUAUGAGUGCUGCAGCUGCACAAGGAUACGGUAUGCACAAGUCGACCCAUGCACGGGUAAAGCAGGGCAAGCUGUUUUUCAACAAAUCCAGAGAGUGUGGUGGGAGAAGGGAGUUAACUUAUUUCUCCUCCCCACCGUCUAUUUGAAACCUAUUUUCUCCCUGCCAGGUUCCCAUAAACAGUCCUCUAGGCCAAACAUACCGGAAGAAACAGAGUGCCACUCAAUAAGAGACAGGAGGAGCCUGCCUUACUUCAUUCUAAUGGGUUAGGGCAUCUGGUCUAGCAGAAUUAGGGUCACGGUAAACGUUACUUCCAUCACGAGUUCCCCAUGGAGCCAACCCCGGUCCUGUGCAGACACUUGGCAGCUUUGCAGAAUGGCUUGCAUAAAAAAAGGAGAGCCCAAAUGGGCUCAGAAAGCUGCCGGCGGGGGAGGGAGAGCUCCACGUGGAGGUAUUUUGUGCACGUGAGCAGCAGAAACGGGAAAAGAGCCCCCCCCCACAGGGCCGGUGCCAGAGGUUCUGGCGCCUGAGGCGGCGAGCGUGCUCUGUGCGCACACGCACGCCAUGAACUGCGUGAUGACAUCAUCGCAGAUGUCAUCACGCGCCGCAGGGGGCUGGGCAGCUCGCGGAGCCCCGAGCCCAGAAGCUCCAAGCUGCUGCUGGGGCGGCGCGCGGAUGCUACUCGGCCUGGAUUGGGGCCAGAACGGCCUGGAGUGGGCCUCUGAUGGGUAGUGGAUCACUCUACCGCUCAUCAGUGGCCUGAUCCUGACCAUUUUGGGCCCCUUUUCAGCCAUUUUCAGCCCCUUUUUGCCAUUUUGGGUCUGAUUUUGGCCCUGAAUGACCAAGAUUGGGUCCAAAACAGCCAGGAUAGGUGAUGUCAGGGGGUGUGGCAUAUGCAAAUCAGUUAUACUAAUCAAAAAGAGUCCAGUAGCACCUUUAAGACUAACCAAUUUUAUUUUAGCAUAAGCUUUCGAGAAUCAAGUUCUCUUCGUCAGAUGCCUGAUACAGAGCAUACUGGUGAUGGCAAGAGGCAUUGCAUAUGCUAAUGAGUUACGCUAAUAAGUUAUGCUAAUGAGUUCCUCCAGCUCUUUUUCUAGGAAAUGACCCCUGGCUAUACGCAAUUUACAAUUGUUUACUUACUGUAAGAAGCUGCGUUUAGUUACAAUAAGUACCGAAGGCAAGAAUUCAGAGCUCUGUCUCAGAGAUAAUGGAACAGGCUAGCAUUGUCUGUUUGCUGGAUACAUCCUGGCAGAAAGGAAUUCUUGAAAAGUAACAUUCAAAAAGUGACCAUGGAUGGCCACUUAAUUGAGCAGGUUAAUAUGUUUCGGCACCUGGGUACCUUUUCCUUCUCAGCUGAAGGUUGGCUGCUGCCUCAUUUCCACCGAGGCCCAGGCCCCUGUGUGUUAUCUGCUGUCAGGAAGUUGGCAUCCAUACACUCAGCAGACCCCCCCGCCCCCCCCUGGAUGCUUUCGGACAUCAGGAGGCAAAAUCUUGCCACCCGGCAUUUAAAGCUAAGGUAGUACCAUUAUUAUUAUUUGGGGUACCUUUGACAAUUGCCAAAGUAAAUGAGAAAUAAGAUUCCUGUUUAAUUUCCUUUCUGGGCGCCAUGUCUAGUUUACUAAAGUGUAUCACUGGUCUAGCUAUUCGGCUGGAAUUUGUGGAACCAUCAUUAGAAGCCAAAGCCUGGAUUGCCACAUUUAUUUUUAGAUUAAAAAUUGUUCUUUCCCCAGAGGAGAGUUAUUUACAUCUAAAAUGGAAUACUUCUCCACGUGUAAACUGAUUCAUCCCAAAAUGUUACACUUUGAUAAAUGGGGCACUAGUUGUAGAGCCCGAAGGGUUUGCUCUUUGUACUAUCUGGGUCUCCCUAUUCCAAAGAUCUUACCUGCAUACUGUAAAUUUUUAACAUUCCCAAAUACAGAAUACUUUUUUUGCUAAGGCCAGAUUAAAUGUUCUGCCACUGGCAGGCAGGUUUUUAGGGAUCCCGUUUUCUGACUGUCUCUGUGGUUGUAAAUCAGAGAAUCUAGACACUAUUUGGCACCUUUUUACUGACUGUAAGAACCAUGUACUCGCCAGAGAGAAAUGGAUCUCAGUACACAGCCAGAAAUGGGAGUGUGUUUUGAAACAAGAAUUAGUUACAAAGCUUUUAGCCGAUACUGACCCGAGUGUAACUCUUGCUGUGGCAAAAUUUUUAUCUGUGGUUUUUAAUGAUUCCCCUCCCCCCCCCCACAACAACAUAUUUUAUACCUUGUAUUUAGCAUUUUGGUUAUUUGAUCAACCAUCUUAUUGAAUUGUAUCAUUCUGUAUUUUGAAUUACUGAACCUGUCUGCUUAUGACCUGUUUGUCUGUGAGCAUGAAAUAAAGGACUAUUCAGACAAUGGCUUAUUCUGCAGAAUCACACGUGUGCAAUGUAACAUGCGCUGACUUUGCACUAAAAAGAAGGUAAUGUGUGCUAAAAUUUCUAACUACGACAUAAUUCUGAACAAAUCACAUUGUGAUUAGGUACAAUGAUGUUCUGAUGUCAUAAUUUCUAUAAAAACUCUGCCAGAGCCAGUGGGAACCAUUUUUGGCAUCUUGUUCUCUCUCUUAUAAUUGCAAUUAAAGUUCCAUAGACGACUCCACUCCAGCCCUUUGCAGAGGGUUAGCUGUUUUCAGGCUUAACACUGUUAAACUAUCUUUGUAGAAUCAUGAAUGAUCAAAUAAAAAUAAGUUUUCUGCUAACUGAUAAAAGAAAAACACUGAGUUUGAAAUUAUAAUCAUACUUGUAUGCAUCUUUAAUUUACUGACUCUUUAGUUUUAUGAUCCUGUUAUUUAGUAAAGCUUGUUAACACUU